GGAGCGGCGGGUUGGGCCGUGCCGUGAAGCGGGGAGCGGCGGGGUCGCCUCCUCUCUGACCGAGGCGGGAGCGCCAGAGGCGGCGAUUCCCGCAGGAGACCUCCCGCUGGAGACCUCGGGGCCCGGGCGCAGCCCCACGGGGCCGCCAUGCCGCCCGCCUCGCAUGCAGAAAACUCUCCCUGGAUAUGAGGUACUGAGGGGAAAAAGAGCAUCACAUUUGGCUGCUCACCUUGCCCAUUUUACUGCACAUCAUGGAGACCAAGGAAGAGAAGAAGGAAAGAAGACAAAGCUAUUUUGCUCGUUUGAAAAAGAAAAGGCAAGCCAAACAAAACACUGAGACCAUCUCUGCCAAUUCCCCUGGAUCUCCUGUUUCCAAAACACCUUCUGAGAAUGAUGAUGAAAGUAAAGUUAUUUUGGAGCAAAUCAGUUCCUCUGAAGACAACUGUAAAUUUGCUGGGGAAAAUGAAACUGUUCCAGACAAAGAAAAGAAGAAGAAAAAAUACAGUCAACUAAAAGACAUCAGACGCACAGAACUUAAAAGAUACUAUAGUACUGAUGACAAUCAAAACAAAACCAAUGAAAAGAAAGAGAAAAAAAUGGUUUCUCAGAAACCCCAUGGUACCAUAGAAUAUACUGCUGGAAACCAGGACACCAUAAACAGUAUAGCAUUAAAGUUUAACAUCACUCCAAACAAGCUUGUGGAGCUCAAUAAGCUUUUCACGCAGACGAUUGUGCCAGGCCAGAUUCUCUUUGUGCCAGAAACAAGCACUGUGAGGCUGUCUUUUAGUUCUGGUGCUCAUGUUUCUCCUUCAUCAUCAGAUGCUGAAUAUGAUAAACUCCCUGAUGCUGAUUUGGCAAGAAAAGCUUUCAAACCAGUUGAGAGAGUCCUGUCCUCUACCUCAGAAGAGGAUGAGCCUGUAGUGGUCAAAUUUUUAAAAAUGAAUUGUCGUUACUUCACAGAUGGUAAGGGCGUAGUUGGAGGAGUCAUGAUUGUAACUCCAAACAAUAUAAUGUUUGACCCACAUAAGUCUGAUCCUCUGGUAAUUGAGAAUGGCUGUGAAGAAUAUGGGCUCAUCUGCCCCAUGGAGGAGGUUGUCUCAAUAGCUCUCUACAAUGACAUCUCUCACAUGAAGAUUAAAGAUGCCUUGCCAUCGCCAGGAGAAUGGGAAGAUCUGUCUUCUGAGAAAGAUAUCAAUCCUUUCAGCAAAUUCAAAUUGCUGAGCAAGGAAAAGAGGCAGCAGAAUGGGGAUACAUCCAUUGCUCUGGGUGCCAAACAGAUAGAGCCUUCAGAUAAGGAAAAGUCUGCUGAUUUUGAAGUUCUUCAGUCUUCUGAGAGUACAGGCUCAGUCAAGUCAAAGUCACUGGAGUUUCCCAACAAUAUCACUGCCACUGAGCAUCUGGAAAUGUUUGCUGCAGAUCCAUGUGCCAAGGAGUCUUCUGGAGAAAGAAAUGCUUCAGAAAUCAAAACCAAAGAAAAAUCACUUUUAGAAGGAGAGGAUGACUUCAUUAAGCUGGAAAAGGCUUCAUCUCAUAUGGAUAGAGGGUUGGACAGGAAAAUCUCAGUAAUGGAAGGCUUGCUGGCUGACCCCAGGGAGUUGGGGAGAACUAAGCAGCAGGUAACCAAACCCACUACAGAAGUCCAGGAGCACUUGACAGUUGAUUCCUUGGAAAAAAAGGACAGUGUUGAACCUAAAGCUGACUUAGACUUAGAGCUGUGUGAAAAGCAAGAUGUUAUUCCAGAAGUAAACAAAUGUAUCAGUUCCCCGACAGGUAAGGUGGAGACUGCACUGGACACUAAGAAAGAGCUAGAGAAAGAUAAACUUAUUGAAUUUUACCUCAAUAAAGAUGGGAAUGGGUCUCAGUCAUCUGAAGACUUACACAAGGCUGAAAUCCAGAAAGGUGAAAAUAUUAAAGCAAUUGGCAUAGACAUCACACUUAGCUGUUCAAAGUCCCAACCUAAUGAAGUCCAUACAGUUAAAAGUAUGGCUCUUGAUUCCUGCUGUGUUGAAAGGAAAGCACCUUCAUUAGAGAUCAGCUCAGCAGCAGCAAAGGAAAAGGAUCUGAAAGAGUCUGUGGACUCUUCCUUAGUACCAGCUAUAGACAAGACCUGUCAAGAAACACAGUUAGACAAUCAAUCAGAAAUCAGACUGUGGCUGCUGCAGAAAAUUCAAGUGCCAAUUGAAGAUAUGCUUCCUUCAAAAGAGGAAAAGAGCAAGACUCCUCCAAUGUUUCUGUGCAUUAAAGUAGGCAAGCCCAUGAGAAAGUCCUUUGCAUCUCAGAGCACCACCAUGUCUCAACAGUACACUAAAAAGAUAAAGCAACCAGAGUAUUGGUUUGCUGUUCCUCGGGAAAGGGUGGAUCACUUGUACACAUUUUUUGUUCAGUGGUCACCAGAAAUAUAUGGGAAAGAUGCCAAAGAGCAAGGUUUUGUCGUCGUAGAAAAGGAGGAACUUGACAUGAUAGACAACUUCUUCAGUGAGCCCACUACUAAGAGCUGGGAGAUCAUUACUGUAGAAGAAGCAAAACGGCGAAAGAGCGUUUGCAGUUACUAUGAAGAGGAAGAAGAUGAUACUUUGCCUGUCUUAAAGCAUCACAGUGCUCUCCUGGAGAAUAUGCACAUAGAACAGCUUGCCCGCCGCUUACCUGCACGAGUGCAGGGGUAUCCAUGGUGCCUUGCAUACAGUACACUGGAGCAUGGGACAAGCCUGAAGACUCUGUACCGUAAAUCAGCAUGUCUUGACAGCCCAGUUCUCCUUGUCAUCAAGGAUAUGGACAACCAGAUAUUUGGAGCUUAUGCUACACAUCCCUUCAGGUUUAGUGACCAUUACUAUGGCACUGGUGAAACAUUCCUCUACACAUUCUAUCCAAAUUUCAAGGUAUUCAAAUGGAGUGGAGACAACACCUACUUCAUUAAUGGAGACACCAGCUCUCUGGAGCUUGGAGGUGGAGGUGGCCGGUUUGGCUUGUGGUUGGAUGCAGAUCUGUAUCAUGGGCGAAGCAACUGCUGCAGCACCUUCAAUAAUGACAUCUUAUCUAAGAAAGAAGAUUUCAUAAUACAAGAUUUAGAAGUAUGGACAUUUGAAUGAAAUACUGACUGCCUUAAGGACCGGAUCCAUUAGGCACUUAAAAGCUAACUAGAAGGUGCAGGCUGCCUCACAACCUUACACGCUUUUUCCUCAAGUUUGUACCAGAGCAUGAGUACACAAAAAAACCCCAAACCCAAACAACCAACACAAGAAACAACACAGAGAUGGUUUUGAGAGGCAGUAAGAGAUCAGUCUGAAGUGUUCUUUUACGUCAUCCUCCAAGACGCCUUCAUCAAAGAUUCGAUGCUUGUGAACAUUCAUGGUGUAUAAGUUGAAAACCUUUUCUGUAACUGUGAAAAAGAUCCCGUGGGAGAAGUAUAACUGUCUAGUACAUUCCAUGUGUAUUUAUGUUCAAUGUACAAAUGCUAACCAAAAAUAAAAGGUUGAGUUACCAAACUCUACAGCAUACUGUUUGCCAUGGAAAAGAAUCAGAAAUAGGUGUACACAGCACUUAAGGGAACAUGUUUUUUAAAUCUUUUUAUUUAUUAUAAUUGUACAGAAGCUUUUUUUUUUGUAAAUGUAUUAGCUAUGAAUUUUUUCUUUCAGUGUUUCAAAUCUCAAUUUGGUAAAUAAUUACUUUUCAGGUAGGUUUCUUAUGCGUUGGCAUUUAUUUUGAAUCAAUUUAUUUGAUUUCUGAAUUUAAUUUUUAUAUUUUUAUUUUGUAAAUGAGAUUUGGUUUUCAUUUUCCCCUUAUUCGAGGGUUUGCUUUCUGGUAGAAACACUUGAGUGCAUAAUUCUGUUUUUCUGAGAUGAGGGAAAAGGUGGGUAGUUCUUAUUAACUCUGCUUGCCACAUUCCUAUCAAUAGGUUAUUAUUUUGGCAGCAUGUGGAGACACUAUGCAAGCUGCCAUCAGGUGUGGAUUGUAUCAGCUCUGUUGCAGCCAAAAGAAUUGGGACAGCAUGCUCUGAGCAUCUGUCCUGCUAUUAUUUGACUGUUUACAAAGGGCAUUUCUAAAAGAUCAUUGGUUUUCUGUAUCGCCACCAAGUUAUUCCAAAUAAGCUAUUCAUUGUGGCUACAGCUCUCUGCAAAUUGAAAAAUAACUGCUUUGUUAGGGAGACAAUACAACUGAGAUUUAGAGAAAAAUGUUAUUUCCCUAACAGGCCAAGACAUGUUAGAGUAAUGUUUGUGUUCUCAUUAUUUAUACGUAUUAUUUCCUCCCUGAAAAAAAGACUUGAAUCAACAGGUUGGCUUAGGAUUCAAAAGGCAACUAAAUAUUCUUCUAUUUUUUUCAUUAAAUAAUCAAAUACUCUCCCCUCCUCCAAUGCUAAAGAGAUAAGACCCCAAGAUACAAAAUGAAAAUUUCAAUCAACAGAGAGAGUAUGUCAGAGGACUGUCACUCUUCACUGUUUGCUAAAGAUUUCUGCUUUCCCAAGAGCUGUGGUUGUGUUUGCAGAAUCCAGACCUGACCAACAUUAGGAAGCUGUCCUGCCCUUAGACUUGAGCAUGUUGUUGUCCUGAGAAAGGCAGGUUUUGGAAAUGGUGGUGUAUUUCCAUGCGUUAAAACAGUACAGCCAAAUUUUAAAUAUUACGUGAGGAAUACAGCUCAAUUAAGUUACUGCUCUUCCCUUUUGGAAUAAAUUAUAGAAGGAAAAAAUAAAAAAUAAAAAGUCAAGUGGUUUCCUUUCAAAAGCAUUACUGAAUCUUAAUCCUACACAGAAAUUUCACAGCCCAAAACCCAGUGCUAUAUACAAUAAUCCUGUAACACACUGUGCAUGAGGUUUUCACACUUCCUUUCUAUGUGGUCUACUACAGCCAUAAAUAAAGUUCUUACUGGUAAUGCUGUAAAAUAUUUUGGACGUUGCUAACAGCAGAACACUUUGAAGAUAUCAGGAAUAUCUAAUGUUGUUUGCUCCUUUAAAGGGUAGCAGACAACUUAAUAGUUGAAAAACAAUAAUGACCCAAACCAACCAAGUUCAACAUUUUACAUGCAUUUCACUAUUGCUACUUACAAAUUACUCCAUUAUAUUAUCCUUGUCAGAGCAUAUCUAAACGCUGUGGUCUAUAUUCAAAACAGUGUUGUUCAAUCAAAAUUUUGUGACCCUUGAAACAAUGAAUAUUGAAUAUAUGUAAUGCAGUGCUAUCACAAUAUUUCCAAUAAAGGAAUUUAUGCAUUCAGAAAAUUGUUACACGUUUUUUAUUUACAACUUGUAGUACAUUUUAAAGGUGAAAGGAUGCAGCUAAGUUACAGGUUAUGGUUACAAAUGCCUACACCUCCCCUCCAAAAGUGAAUUCCAGCAAUAUCAUAUUUAAGAAACAUGGCUGAGGAGAUGGGAGGUUCUGUGGGGGGAAGGAGGGUUGUCUGGUGUAGCAUCAUCUAAUACAGAGCUGUUUCUUGAGUUCACUCAAAGACAGACUGAGACAAAGGGCUAA